AUGCUACACGAGUGCAGGUUCCGUGAGCGUAUGGAUCAGGUAGAACCCGAUAUACAGGCGGUGAUUGAUGCGUGUCAUGAGCUGAAGAAAAGUGUCAAGCUGAAGGAGUUGUUCGAGAUCAUCUUGGCCUAUGGCAACUAUUGUAACGGUGGGAAGGCCGCGGGAGGGGCGUUCGGGUUUACGAUAGAAUCACUGGCCAAGCUCUUGGACACCAAAUGCAUAACCGAGGGGCAUACGUUAGGACCGGAAAGCAAUAGUGUGCUGCACUACAUCAUCACGCAGCUGCAGACCAAGUGGGAGGGUGUGAUGGAGUGGCCGUCCGAGCUGAGUACAUUGGAAGAAGCCAAAAAGGUGAGCAUUGAAAUAUGUCGGUCCGAAGUGGUGCAGCUGAGCACAGGCAUGGGCAAGCUCAAGGCCGAGAUCAAGCACUACACAGAGAGUCCCCUGGCCAUUGGCGGGCGGCAGUUCUUGGAGUGCGUGAAAGACGAAUUCUGUGACAUCUACGAAGAAGAUCCGAUUAAGCUGAUGAAACUGCUCAAGGAAAUGGAGACCACGUUCACCGAAACCGUCAAAUAUCUUGCGUAUCCGGAGAAAGGUGCCACCCCCGACACCUUCUUUGGAAUACUCUACGAAUUCAAAGAGAAGUUCUGCGAGGCUAUCCAGAGUAUUGAGGAUUUCAAGGCCAAAUCGGACGCGCCUAAGAAAGCCGCAAAGCGGAAGCAACCACCCGUCGCCAAACCCGUGGACAAGCCACCGCCACCGCAGAUACAAUUGGUUCCAGACGACGACCUUAAGUUCAUUGAAAUAGUUUGCUCAAAAGACAGUGCCGGCAGCGAGACCGAGGAAGACAAACCACUGCCGUUUGCGGCCAAGUUGCGGGCUAAGGGCAGCACCAUCAGGGCCGAAAGCGAGAAGCUCAAGUACACGAACAGGCUGUCAGCCCAUAAAUUGGGGGGCAAAAGCAAGCUGUCCAGGAAAGAAACCGGUGAUGAAGCGGUACGAGGGCUCAAGAACUACAACCGACACACAUUGGCCAAGAAGAAGAUCCUCGCGGUGACCGAGGAGGGCCGGCAAAAGCAAGAGAAAGGAGAGCAUGGGUACGAUGACGAAACCUACAGCGGCGCUCUUGACGACCUUCUCGAUCUCGCGAAGAAGGCGGAUUUCUCGGCUAUCAGAGAUGCUCAGAACACCGACGAGGCGUGCUAUGACGACCUCUCGGGAGAAGCUCAGAAGAAAAGCUCCACCUCACUCAAUCUGGACAAGCCCGAGCGGCCCCCCCACUGGCGUACCAUAGUGCACGGUUCGAGGGGAGGGUCGACCAACAGCGUGAGUACGGGACUUCUGGGCCGACAGGCUACUAUGAAGCGGACGUGUGACCUCAAUCGGAAGGUGCGGGCGCUGCAACCGGGAACGAUACCCAACAGCAUCAGCCCCACCGGACCACUCAGAUCAAGCAGACUCAGUCACACCGCAUUGGCCACAUCCAGACCCCAGUCGAUGUGCAGCAGCGUGGACUUUACAUCAACGCCACAACCGGUGCUUGUCAACAAGACAAACACGACCAACCAGAUAUCACUGGGCACGGAUAUGUUGGAGCGCGUCCCCUCGCCAGCUCACAGGCGGACAAAGCCACCGCAACAGGAGAGGGUGGCGUGUGAGAGCGAGGGUAUGUAUACACGUGUGCACAGCGACAGUGUCAGCAACGUGCCGCCCAAGCCGUCGAAAGAAGACUCGGUGGAGGCACAUAAUAGUCAUGAAAUGCGUGGGCUAGGGUGUGGUGGGUGGAAUGGUCAGCGUACCACCGCACACUCUAGAGAAGGCGAUAAGGGCACUACAAAUGAGUGCGAGAGUACGGACGAGGAAGCGGGUCGCAGAGGGGGGCACAAGAAGAAGGAAAAGGGACUGAAGGGCAAAGGAAAGGACAAGAGCAAGAGCAGGAGUAGGUCGUUGAUGUCGCUAUCGGCCAGCUUAGAGAGCCUCAAGUCUAGCACCGAGACCUUGUUCAGCAAAAAGGACUCGUCCAGGUCAAAGAAGGGCGAUGGUGUGAGUGAUGCCGAGGGGUACACCACGGGGAGUAUGACUGUGAGUGAGAGCGACGACAACAUAUCGGAGGCCAAUGGGAUGGACGUGGAUGGAGAUAUAUCCUCAGUAAAGCACACACACAAGAAAAGGAGUCUCUUCCAUAUGAACAGAAGGAAAGGCAGGCACGCAGAUACGACAGACCGAAUCAGCGAGGAACACAGUUUAGAGAGUGCUACCACGGACGGCAGCAGUGCGGGUGGGCUGGAGGAUAGUAGGCACGAUGGCACAGAUGUGAAGCCAAGUGCUGUCAACAGUGGGAAUAGAAGCUCUGCGAAAGACGCGCACACGCCCAAAGCACGCCCAGGGGACGGUAGAGAGACCCACAGCCAACACACUACACAGCACAACAACACUAACCCAACAGACCAGCAUCACUCGACGGAUGGCUUCCACCAGAGUCACAAUCCCCACUUGAAAGCGGCCAGGCCUACAUACGACACGGCAAAUGCGAGCACGUCCUCGCAAGCCCUGACAUCGCGAUUAACACCUAGCUGUCCAUCAGACCAGAGCGACAGUGAUACUAACCGGCCCAUGGUUGCCUUGAAACCGGCUUGCAGACCCGAAAGCACGGUAAGUGUGGGUGCGAAUGCAAAUGCGGAUGAGUCCAACGGCGUGAGCGGAAGCGCCAGGCAGGGUCUGAGCAUUGACGAACAACUGGCCAUGAAGAAGCAAGAGAGUGCCAGGCAAAUAGACCAGGAUACUAACGAUGCUACCAUACACAGUGCUCCAAGGCCCCAGUAUACCUCAACACGCCCCCGUCCACCGACGGCCAUACGAACGGAACUACAUGUGUACCCACGGCCAGCCCCAACAGCUGGCGGCUGUGGUGCUGAGGAGGAGGGCAGUAGUACACCCAAAAGGAACAGGAAGGGCCGGUCGAAGGGAGAGAAGAAGGGGAGAAGGAAAGACAAGGAGAAGGACAAGGAGAAGGGUAAAGACAAGGAGUCUAAGGCGAAGCUCAAGGGUGGCAUCCGGUCAUUCUCGGCGAGUUUAGAGAAGCUACGCACAAGCACGACAAACCUCCUGGCGAAGAAGAAAGAAACAGACAACGCCCAGGGCAGUGACAGGCACCGGAAAAGGGGCACACGCUCCGGGGAUAAGGCACACGUGCGAUACAAUAGCAGUGCUGAGGGGUUAGCGUCAGCGGAUGAGACUGAUUUCAGCCCCGACUACUUCAACAGCACUGCAGCAGUGCCCCUCACGAGCAGCGACGACUGCCUAGAAACCCACAGCAAGCGGAAGCGCAAGACCCACAAGCACACACAUCACGCUGCUGGUGCAGAGCCUUCGGAGAACAACCAAAAUCGCAGUGGCAAGGAUACAGAUACAGACACGGGAGACGAGGAAGACAGGCAGAGCUAUCGUAGGUCGCUGUCUAGCAGCAUGAACAGCUUGCGCUCGAGCACGGAGAGUCUCUUUUCCAGCGCCGGAUCCCUGCUCAACCUGAAAGUGAAGGACAAGCGAGAGAGCAGGGAGCAUAAAUCACAACUAGUCGACAUGUCCGAGGAGGAGGCCCAGAAGCUAGAGCACGUUCUAAGGGGCAUAGGCUCGGGGGAUAGGGCAAAUAAGCCCGUGUCUACAUACACGCCUUCAUUCGCUGCCAUGGCACAUGUACCCGGUUCCACACGCAGCCAGGCAGAUAGUGGAGAUGAGAAUGGACAGUCAAGGAGUGACACUGAGGGCGAAGACCCCAAUGUGGUGCUCUUGAAGCAGAGACUGCGGUCCACCCCACAGUCCAGGACAAUCUACGCAGACGGCGAGUCCGAUACCACUACGAACAGUUCGGUACAACCAGUCACGCAUACACCAGCAGUCGCAAACAGCACCACGCGCACCGAUACACCGUCCCAUAGCAGAGAAGCACGCCCAGCGAGGCCUGCGUCGAGGCCUAAAAAAGACCCCUCGUCAAUGAGAGGAGACAGCUUAUCAUCCAUCAACAACCAGUCUACCACGAGCAUCAUACAGGGUCCACCCGCACGACCGCCUCCGCUUACUGAGGAUGCCAGGAAAUCAGCAACGGAUUUGAUUAAGAAACCCCACAAUGGACUUGAGAGAACCGAAAGGUGUCCACGGCGACACAACAUCGCACCCCUUAUCUGUGAUGGGGACAUGCAUGUAUCAGACACCAAAGAGCUCAAGAUCAAAUCAAAUAAAAAGGACUAUCAAGGUACAUGA